UUGAAUGGCGAGGACCCAGCAAACACCAGCUGAGUUUUUUGCCCACCGUAAAAAAAAAACGUCACGAGGACUUUAUGCAUCUUUUUAGGUAUAUUUGAGUGCACCUGAAGCUGCUUCUGUGGACGACAUGCGGGAGACGUUCGAUUCCUCAAAAUGAACACAGAUUGCACCAACAAGCCCUGUGUCGCUCCAAAGCCAACACUUGCUUGUCCCUCCCAUGUGAUGUUCAUGUCCUCAGCCAGGGGUCCCAAACCUUCUGUUGCCCCCAAACCUAUCCUGAAGCAUCAUUCCAGGGAACCCCUACGAUCUGGUAUCGCAGAGGGAUACAUUAACGGGGUUCUCAACGGAGAGACAUUUUCGGACCACCGUGACGUGUCAUCACAAAGACGAACUUUAAGUGAGAACCAACAGGAUGACGAGGACUGGAGACUAACGGACAGCGCCCUCACGGAUGAGCUGGACUCCCUGGACACGCUGUGGACCAGCGACGACCGGCUCACCACCGACUCGGAGAUGAUUGACACCACGGAUGUGACAGAGGACAUGGACGAAGAUGCGGGCGAGGCGCUGGCUGACACGGACGGCCUCUCCAUGGGAGACGUUUCCGUUAACAGCGUGGAUGAGGAAAAAGGGGCCGGGAUGGAGAAGAUGGCGCUGAGGCGGGAAGAGGUAGAUGACACGGCCGAGUCUCUCACUGAUGAUGUCCUUCGUGAACCCAGUCAACAAGCAUCCACUCCUAAUAAUGGAAUUUGCUGUAUGGCUCCAAAGGUUGACCAUGAAAAUAUUGCAAAGCUGGAGCUCAGCGCAGUUGAGGAAGACCACAACAUUCCAUUUGGUGACCAGAAACGAAUCUGUCGUGAAGCUAAAAAGCACAUCGUCUUGGAAGACCGUCAAAGCCACGAGCCUUAUUAUGUAUCUCCAGAGGACAUUAUCAAGAAAGAGAUGAUCCCAAAUCAGAAUCAAGCCAGUCCACGUUCACCACUGAGGCAAGGUGACCACAAGUGUCAAGGCCAAAAAGGAUACCAGAGGAGUAAAUCCAUGACAAGUGAAGAGCAAAGACUAGAUGCCUCGUUAAAUCGUUCGUACUGCCAACCCAAAUUUCAUCUGCUCUGCAACUCCGACACCCCGUCAUCUUUUACGGGAAACCAAGCGCUUGUACCGGGAAAAUCCGACUUCUUCCGGCACGCUUUAGGCGAUGACAUCACUGAUCUGGACAUUGGCGACGACCACCUCUACGAAGAUCCGGGAGAUGAUAGCUCAGAGGGGGAGAAUGUCUUCCCUUUGAGCCGGAGCACAUCGGGAACGUGCUCUCGCUCGCUGUCGCAUCACAUGAACAGCGAGGCGGGAGGGCGCCUCGUAUACGGUCCCAGGUUCAGUCAGAGAGGACCCGUGUUGAGCAGCAGCCCAAUGUUGAAGAGCUACCCCAAACCUCACUAUCUGCCCCUGUACCCUUCGUCCUCCACGUCCACCCCCGGUUGUCCCCACAGAAACACAGAAGGCUCGCCUUGCGGAAGGUUCUCGAGAUGCACGCCGUUGUCGUCCAGCGGCUUGUCGACACCCACGUCCGUCGUGGACAUCCCGCCGCCUUUUGAACUGGCCUACAUCACCAAGAGACCCAUCACCAAGAGUUCACCCUCGCUGCUCACUGACACGGACUCCUCGGAGAAAAACCGAAAGAAGAAAUCCUCCAUUAAGCGCUUCCUGAUGCUCAGGUUUAGACGGAAAGAGGAAAGCAAGUCAUCUAAGCAGUCCUCAUCUGAAUGCGAGUCCAGCCACCUGACACCCAACAGACUGCUGGAUCUGGAUCGGCGCAGCGUGGCUAGUUCUCCGCGGCUCCUUCAGCGUUCUGCUUGCCAAGCAUCACCCGAGACGGCACCUGCCUUCCUGUUCUACCCGAACGCCACAAGAACAGGAAGCUCGGUGGCCUUCCUCAAUCGCAGCGUGGUACGGGUGGAGUCUUUUGAGGAGCGCUCCCGUGUGCCUUUCUCGCCACUACCCCUCACCAAACCUCGCUCCAUCUCCUUCCCCAAUGCCGAUACCUCGGACUAUGAAAAUGUUCCCCCCGUUAACUCGGACUACGAGAACGUUCAAGUCCUGCAGUGGAGAGCCGUGCGACCGCUGCCUUUGGGCGACUUCUUUGAGCGUCCCACGCGGGUGCUGUCGUCUGCCAAUGAGACGGACGGUUACGUGGACAUGAGUAGCCUCCCUGGUUUUGAUGUCAGGGCCAAGUCAGCUCAACAGGAAGCAGAGAGCGCCUCGACAGACGUCUACCAAGUGUGUUCACUUGCUGCUGGGCCGGAAAAUGUGACAUCCAGUUCUGUCAAUGGACCCACAAGAGCUGAUGAAGAUGCCGGACGCACCUCGGAGGAGGAAGAUGCUGGUGGCGAAAGCAACUAUGAUAGACAGAUGGACGGACGAUCCCGAGCUUUUUACAUCGCAAUGGAUCUACUGGACACCGAGAGACUACAUGUGAAAGCACUCAAGCUUCUACAGGAAGACUUUCGGGAAGCAGUAGGGACCGCUGUGACGGAUGAUGGAGAGCCUGUUUUGGAUGAAAAAAGACUGUGCGAGAUUCUCAACGAGUUGCCCGACGUCUACCUGCUGCACCGCACGAUCCUCACCGAGCUCGAGAAUCGAACUCGGCACUGGGAGGAGAGCCAGAGGAUCGCAGACAUCUUCCUCUCCAGGAAGGCAGAGUUCUUGCUCUUCACCACCUACAUCGGGCAUUACGACCGAAGUAUGAACCUGCUGGAGGAGAGCUGUCGAACCUCAGCUGCUUUUGAGGCCAUCGUACAAAAGUUUGAGCAGCAGAAUCCAUCGGGGGAAAAAGUUUCUCUAAAGCAACAACUCCUGCAGGUGAUCGUGCGUGUGGCUCAAUACCGCAUGAUCCUCACAGAUUACUUGAACAACCUCUCCCCUGACUCACAAGAAUAUGAGGACACCCAAGCUGCUGUUGUGAUCGUGGCAGAUAUUGCAGACCAGGCGAAUGACAGUUUAAGACAUGGGGAGAACUUGCUGCGCUUGGUCAACAUUGAGUAUAGUGUUCACGGCCAGCGGGACCUGCUGCAGCCUGGUCGGGUGUUUGUGAAGGAGGGCACCCUGAUGAAGGUCAGCAGGAGGAGCCGACAGCCUCGCCACCUGUUUUUGAUGAACGACAUGUUACUUUACACUUAUCCGCAACAGGAUGGAAAAUACAGAUUGAAGAACACUUUGUCACUUACUGGAUUGAAGGUCAGUAAACCAAUCAUUGAAAAUGUCCAACACGCUCUGAGGAUGGAGGGGAAUGACAUCUCCAUCACCUUGUCUGCAAGCUCCUUCAUUGAAAGUGAAGACUGGUUUUACACUUUGAGUCACACCGUGAGUGAACACAACCGAGGAGCCGUGCCGUUCAGCAACUGCUCAGACGCCAGAGAUCAUCAGCGUUUCACCUUAGGCGAAAAACCCCCCACUCUCGUUCCAGUGUCUCAAGUGAUGAUGUGUAUGAACUGCACGUCGGAUUUCAGCCUGACUUUACGUAGACAUCACUGCCACAGCUGCGGGAGGAUUGUUUGCAGGAGCUGCUCCAAGAAUAGAUAUCCACUCAAGUACAUGAAGGAACGUAUGGCCAAAGUGUGUGACCACUGCUACAACGAGCUCAGGAAGAGAGGAGAGGACCCUUGUGCCCUCCCGGCCAAGAGCAGCCCUCGUGUGAGCCGAACCACUCGUCCGCUCUCCUCUGUCUUCCAAAGCCUUCACCCUCCAAACAUUUGGAGGCAUCGCAAAGGCAUGCUCACCUUCAACCAGGUGACCGUAUCCGAUGAGGGCUCUAUUAGCGGCAGUCUACAUCGUAGCAAGAAGAGCAAGCGGAACUGGAAGAGAUUGUGGUUCCUCCUAAAAGACAAGGUGCUUUACACCUACAGAGGCCAAGAGGAGAAGGUUGCUUCAGAGAGUUUGCCGUUGUUGGGCUUUACGGUCAAGCUACCAGAAAGCUACCAAGGGGAUGACGACGCCUCCAAUGUGUUCCAGCUUUAUCACAAAAAUACUUUGUACUAUACGUUUAGAGCAGAGGACAACUUCACAGCCCAGAGGUGGGUCAACGCCAUGGAGGAGGCCACCGUUUUAUAGGACCAAAUCAUUCCACCCUUUCAAAAACAAGAACUGUGAGAUCCAAAAGGGGAAAGAAAACUUGAUUAUGUCUGCAAACUGGGAAUUCCCUGGCCAAUACUGCAGGAAAGUAUUGAAAAAGACACAGUGUUCUUUGUGGCGAGGGGUGGGGGUGGGGGGUAACUUUUUGGUUUACGGUUGCAACCUUGCAGCAGGUGUGAUGCUGUGCACCACACAAAGCGCUGGCCCAGAUACCUUGCCAGUCAUGUGACGUAACCUCUAGCCCUAGUAGCGCACUGGCCGACUGCAGAGCAUGUUGGGUUAUUGUCACUGUUUGGAGAGUGGCAGAGGAAAUGCACAGCUCUCCUUAUUUUUAGAUUAUUUAAUCCUCCCCUUGAUGUUAUUCGUCAUCAUGACUGGUUUCAUUUCUAUCAAAUGAAGCACCUGAAUCUUGUACUGUAAUAUUUGAUUUUUUUUUUUGCACUGAUAGAAAAAGACUACAUAGGAAAAGUUAUAAAUUCAUAAAAGAAAGCACACAUACUCCUCAUCAGUUUUAUGUGGACCAUUUCAUUGUACUGUAUAGUUUAGUGCAGUGUUGCCCGCCAUUUAUUGCGGGGAAAAAAAGGAACAUUUAUGUUAGAAAAACCUCACGGCACACUAAAAAAAGAUGUCAUCAAAAGUGGAUACUGUAUGAAAUAAUAGGUAAUAAUUCAUCUACUCAACAAUAUUGUUACUCUGUUGAAUACACCUGAACAUUUUUUGUUGGUGCCCCCUCUGAAAAAAUAAGAAAAUCCGAAGAAAAAUAAAGAAACGAGAGGAGAACUA